CUUUGAACAACCAAAUCAAUGUCUGAACGGAUCUUCAUAGAGGGCGAGAGCUGCAAGUCCGCCUGGCACAAUGCAACUGCUGGGUACGAUGAUACCGACACUCACCUGGAGAUCCUGGGUAAACCGGUAAUGGAGCGAUGGGAGACUCCAUAUAUGCACAGUCUGGCUUCGGUAGCGGCCAGCAAGGGUGGCCGUGUGCUGGAGAUUGGUUUUGGCAUGGCAAUUGCAGCUACUAAGUUGGAAGAGUACAAUAUCGAGGAACACUGGAUAAUUGAAUGCAAUGAUGGUGUAUUCAAGCGGCUUCAAGAAUGGGCCACAAAGCAACCACAUAAGAUUGUGCCAUUAAAAGGGCUGUGGGAGGAUGUAGUGCCAACAUUACCCGAUGGACACUUUGAUGGGAUCCUUUAUGACACAUACCCUCUUUCCGAAGAAACAUGGCACACGCACCAGUUUAACUUUAUCAAGGGUCACGCUUAUCGGCUGCUUAAACCUGGAGGAGUCCUCACCUACUGCAACCUGACAUCUUGGGGUGAACUACUCAAGGCCAAAUACAAUGACAUAGAAAAAAUGUUCCAGGAGACUCAGAUUCCACAACUAGUGGAUGCUGGUUUUAAGUCUGAGAAUAUUAGUACUACUGUAAUGGACCUGAUACCCCCCGAGGAUUGCAGAUACUACUCCUUCAAAAAAAUGAUCACACCAACCAUUAUUAAGGUCUGAGAAACUUGAGAACCUACCUUGUUAAUAGGAACCUAGACCCUAACAGGGACAGGAAUCAAAAUUGUCACCACUGGCUAUCUACAAAAUAAUUACUGGAUUUAUCUGGACCUACCACAAUAUGAUAGACUGUUUAAGGCCAUCAGGGCAGAGUUGCAAAGUUCCAUUUUAUACAGCAAGCACUCUGCUAGCGAAUGCUUAAUAAAACCAUAUAUAUUUGGAA